GGAGGCUAAAUCAGUCCAGGCCACUCAUGUUACCGCCUCCUUCUGUUGCCAAGGGGAGAGUGCAGAAGGACUCGUGGGGGAAUAUGGACCAAGACAGGAGGGCGGGGGAGGCUGAUUUUUGUUUAGAAGGCGGAGACCCGCGGCAGCAUUAAGCUUUGGGACGACAGCCCACGGGGCAGGAUUGGGAUUUCUGUGACCAAGCACGAGAGCACUUCCACAGCAUGGGUCAGAAAUAAAAUAACAGAAGGUGAAGAAGAGGAAGUUGGAUGAGAUCAAGGGCUGAGGGCGGGGUUAAAGCCGAGAGACAAGCAGAACAUGAUAGCACAUGGAUAUUACCCGUCAGGAGGUGUGUUACCCUGAAACACGAGCGCCGGUGGCAAAAGUGAACCGAGGCAAAGAGGCCGGGAGCAUGAGUUCAGGCUUCUCCUUCAUGAUUACACUCCUCUGCGUGGGGAGCCUGCUGUCCACCGUCACCUGGUUCAUGGUUGACGAUGACAGCGCGCUGACGUCUUACAAACCACCCCCACAAAAGAAAGGUUCCCCAAAUCCUUCUUCACUUUGUAAAGGCUGCAAGGAACUGAUUGACAACGUCCUGAAGCGCCACACUAAAACCUGGAAAAAGAACGAGAAGAAUUACCAAGAAUUCAUCUCCGAGGUGAGCAGCUCGUGUCGUGUCGACGAGGCCAUCAUCACGCAGGAUAACACCCCCGUGGGUACAAAGAUUUCCUUCGAUGGAGAAAGGUCCAGGACGCUCCAGAUCAAACCCGACAUUUUCAAAACAUUUAUCAAGGAGCAUCCGUUCUCCAACCAGACGUUUGACACGUGCGCCGUGGUCGGCAACGGCGGCAUCCUGGUGGACAGCGGCUGCGGGAAAAUGAUCGACUCGGCUCAGUUUGUGAUGAGGUGCAAUCUGCCACCUUUGAACGACGAGUACAGGAAACACGUGGGCGUCAAGACGGACCUCGUGACGGCCAACCCGAGCAUCCUCAGAGAAAAGUACGGCUCCCUGAUGAACAAUCGGCGCGAGUUUGCGGAAAGUCUUCAAAGCUACGGAAAGUCCUUUAUCCUCCUACCCGCCUUCUCCUACGGCGCCAACACAGCGCUCUCCCUGCGGGUGGCCUACACCGUUGAGGACUUUGCCAGCCCGGCACGUGCCGUCUUCUUCAACCCGGCCUACCUGCGCAACCUGUCCCAAUUCUGGAGGAGACACGGCCUGAAAUCGCCACGCCUCAGCACGGGCAUCAUGAUGGCCAGCAUGGCGCUGGGGGCGUGCUCCAACGUGCACCUGUACGGCUUCUGGCCAUUCACCAACCACCCGCAGGGACUCUACACGCUCACCAAUCACUACUACGACGACAGGAAGGCCAACGCCAAGUUCCACGCCAUGCCGGAAGAGUUUGACAUGCUGCUGAAGCUGCACAGUCAGGGCGUGCUCAGGCUUCACCUGGGAGACUGCCAAAGCGACCACGAGUAGUGUGACUACUAAAGAUUUUUGUUUUAUUUAUUAUCCAGCUGGGAGUCUGAAGCUUUGAAACCAGAAGACCUUGUGAGGCCUUAGGGAGGUUUUAUCUGUUAUCGUGAAAGUGAAUCUAACUUAUUAAUAAUCAUAAUGUUUGCUAUAAUUGUUUACAUGCAACACAGACACUAGCUUAAUUCAUCAGCUUUGUAUUAGACUGGUGAUGGUUUUGGAAGACAUUGUGCACUCUCGUUCUCCCCACACAUCACUGCCAUUGUGGCAGCUUUGCACCUUAGGACUAGGUUCACACUGCAGACUAGGCUGUCCAAUUCAGAUUUGUAUUUGUCAAAUCCAAUAUUUCUAUGUACCCGUAUUUUCCGCACUAUAAGUCGCACCGGAUUAUAAGGUGCACCUUCAAUGAAUGGCCUAUUUUAAAACUUUGUUCAUAUAUAAGGCGCACCGCAUUAUAAGGCGCAUAGAAUAGACCAGGGGUCACCAACGUGGUGCCCGCGGGCACCAGGUAGCCCGUAAGGACCAGAUGAGUAGCCCACUGGCCUGUUCUAAAAAUAGCUCAAAUAGCAGCACUUACCCGUGAGCUGCCUCUAUUUUUUAAAUGUUAUUUAUUUACUAGCAAGCUGGUCUCGCUUUGCCCGACAUUUUUAAUUCUAAGAGAGACAAAACUCAAAUAGAAUUUGAAAAUCCAAGAAAAUAUUUUAAAGACUUGGUCUUCACUUGUUUCAAUAAAUUCAUUAAUUGUUUUACUUUGAUUCUUAUAACUUUCAGAAAGACAAUUUUAGAGAAAAAAAUACAACCUUAAAAAUGAUUUUAGGAUUUUUAAACACAUAUACCUUUUUACCUUUUAAAUUCCUUCCUCUUCCUUACUGACAAUUUAAAUCAA